AUGUCGAAGGGAAGAAGCUGGCUACGCCAUGGCUACAACAAGGUAGCUCGUAUGCUGUGGAAACAAAAUCCAAGUAACGAAAACUUCCCCAUAUUAGAAGGCCACUUCGCAGGACAACAACAUGCUCAAGAAUCCAUCCAAACUUACGAAACAGUCAAAGACAACAUCAAGAAGCUCAUCAAAGAAUUCAGGAUUUAUAGAUGGAAUCCUGACAAUCCCAACAACAAGCCCUUCCUCCAAUCCUUCUACAUAGAUCUCUCAACUUGCGGUCCCAUGGUUUUGGAUGCAUUGCAGAAGAUAAAGGCAGAAGAUGAUUCAAGCUUGAGCUACAGGAGAUCAUGCAGAGAAGGGAUAUGUGGAUCUUGUGCUAUGAACAUUGAUGGGACUAACACAGUUGCCUGUCUGAAACCCAUUGAUGCAGACACAAGCAAGCCCACUGUUAUCACCCCUCUCCCACACAUGUUUGUGAUCAAAGACCUUGUGGUUGAUCUCACCAACUUCUACAACCAAUACAGGUCAAUCGAGCCAUGGCUGAAGACAAGAAAGAAACCUGAGGAUGGAAGAGAGUACAGACAAUCACCUGAAGAUAGAAAGAAGCUUGAUGGGCUUUAUGAGUGUAUACUCUGUGCUUGUUGCAGUGCUUCAUGCCCUUCUUACUGGUGGAAUCCUGAGGAGUUCCUUGGACCUGCACCUUUGAUCCAUGCUUAUCGAUGGAUUUCAGACAGCCGGGAUGAAUAUGGAGAUGAAAGGCUGCAAGCUUUGGCUGAGGAUAUGAAGAAAUUAUACAGAUGCAGGACCAUCAAGAACUGCACAGCUACUUGCCCCAAAAGCCUCAAUCCUGCUGAUGCAAUUCACAAAAUGAAAACCAAACAUUUGGUUUCUCAGCUUGUGGAGGAGUCGGAAAUAAACCCUUAA